CCGUGAUUCAUUAAUGGCGGCACCUGUAGUGGAUUCCGAGUACCUGAAGGAAAUCGAGAGGGCUCGUAGGGACCUUCGAGCUCUCAUCUCCAGCAAGAACUGCGCACCUAUAAUGCUCCGAUUAGCGUGGCAUGAUGCUGGCACUUAUGAUGCUAAAACGAAGACAGGAGGUCCUAAUGGCUCAAUCAGGAAUGUGGAAGAGUACAUACAGGAUGCAAAUAAAGGUUUGAAAAUUGCUAUAGAUCUAUGUGAGAUAGUGAGGGCCAAGCAUCCGAAAAUUACAUAUGCUGACCUCUACCAGCUUUCUGGGGUUGUUGCAGUUGAGAUCACUGGGGGCCCCACUAUUGACUUUGUCCCUGGUAGAAAGGAUUCAAUGGAUUCUCCCAAAGAAGGGCGCCUACCUGAUGCCAAACAAGGUGCAUCACACUUGAGGGAUAUUUUCUAUCGGAUGGGUCUAUCUGACAAGGAUAUUGUGGCACUGUCUGGGGGGCACACAUUGGGAAGGGCUCAUCAAGAGAGAUCAGGUUUUGAAGGCCCUUGGACAAAGGAGUCUCUGAAGUUUGACAAUUCAUACUUUGUGGAACUUCUGAAAGGUGAAUCGGAUGGAUUGUUAAAACUUCCAACAGAUAAAGUGUUAGUAGAGGAUCCUGAGUUCCGCCGCUAUGUGGAACUGUAUUCAAAGGACGAGGAUGCAUUCUUCAGAGACUAUGCGGCAUCACACAAGAAACUAUCAGAGCUAGGGUUUACUCCACCUUCAUCGGGUUUCAAGUUUACUGUAAAAAACAGUACACUAUUGGUCCAAGGUGCCGUGGGAGCUGCUGUUGCUGUUGCUGUAGUGAUUCUGAGUUACUUUUAUGAAGUUCACCGGCGAGUCAAGUAGAAAGGACAUUUCACAUCUAAAAAUCCAUACAGCUUGGGUGAACUCAGGUUACAUUUGCACAGCAAAUUGCUUCUAUUUCAGUUUGGAAAAUGCAAUAUCAUGGAGUCUUCUGCAUAUAAAAUAAAUGUGAUUGUAUGAGCAGUAAAACGAUACAAUUACGCUUCCCUGCCUGAUUGCAAGCAAACAAAUGUGUUCAUUUGAUUAAAGUGUGUAUUGAAUGCUCUCAUUAUCCUCUGCUUCUUGUACUUUGUUGUCAAACUCAUGUGGUUUAUUACAUACUCAAAACAUGUUAUUGUACAUUC